AUGUCUACAGGCAAAGACGACGGCCACCAAAAGGCUUCGGGCCCGCCAUCACAUUUAGGCGCUCAGUUAAUCCACAUUCAAGACUGGACGAACAAAGCCGUUGAAUUAGACAACCGUAGCCCGACCAGUCGAUUGACGCAGGAAUGUAUUUCAAUUUUCACGGGAAUUCUCGAAAAGCUAUCUAGUCUUCCAAAAUUUGGAGAGAAAACAUACGGCCAACUUAAAGCCAGUUGCAGCUUGCUGAUAUUGUGGGAUAAGGCCCACGGUAUCCAAGCUGGCCAGCUUGAUGAUGCUCUCUCCCGGUCCAGAUCCCUGAGGCAAUCCAUUCUUGAGCCCCUAAGAAAUAUGGGCAAAGGUAUACUCAGAAGAUUGCUACCACUUGUCGAGCAGGACUACGAGGAAUCUGAAAGUUAUCGCACGCUGAUGCCGAUAAUCUUCGAGGCCGAAGCCGGCAUGUAUGAAGGCUAUGAUACUGAUUCAGACUCUGAUGAGAGUGAUAUCUGCGAAUCCUCACAUGAUAAUUUGGGAGAUGACCCCUGGUGUGAUAUCGCAGAGGAUAUGAACAUUGAUGCCCAGUGUCUUCUUGAGCUUGCCCCCUUGAUAGAAUGUCCUGUCUGGGAUUGCAGCCAGGAAUCUCAUAGGAACUCACCGCCCAUGGGAACCUUCAAGCUACAUGCUGUCUAUGGGGACAAGAUCCAAAAUAGGUUCCCAAAAGCAGAUGCAAGACUGGUCGACCGACUUGCUCUUGCUAACUGGGAACGUUUUCGGGAGACUAUGACUGCUAGAGAACACAACAGAGCUACCCUGAAGGACGGUUUGAAGACACAAUCGUCCCUGAGAAACGAAUCUGCUACAGUGGCACCCUCCGAGCUGAAGUCCAAGUUCAAUGACUCGGGGUUGGGCUCGUCGGUCCAAGGAGUCAGCGUCUAUGCAGAGACGAUUAUGUCAUACAUCCAUGACAGUGGGCAUACUUCAACCAAAAUCCCUCCUCUACCUGCAGAAGCCAAGAAAGGGAAAUCAUUUGAAUGCAUCGCAUGUGGCAUAGCCCUUAAAAUCAACAACAACUCCGCCUGGAAGUAG